AGUCUCCAUUUUCUCCCCCUUCACCUCACCAGUCUCCCGAGCAGCCUUCGCAGAAAUUCCCACCCGUAUACCCGCAGAGACCGACGCAGCCAGCCAUGUCUAAGACCUUCACCAAGAGCGACGUCGCGUCGCAUAACAAGGCCGAUUCGCUGUGGAUUAUAGUGGAUGGCGACGUCUACGACCUCACCAAGUUCCAAGACGACCACCCUGGCGGGAAGAAGAUCUUGACCCGAUUCGCGGGAAAGGAUGCGUCCAAGCCGUUCUGGAAGUACCACAACGACGGGAUCCUUAAGAAGUACAAGCCGUCGCUGCAGAUCGGCUCGCUAGACACCAAGCCCAAACCCGAACCGGCCCCGGCUCCGGCCCCGGCACAGGCUGCCCCCCAGCCGACGAAAGAGGUCAAGAAGGCCGCCGCGCCCGCCGCUGCGAAAGAAGACGCCGAAGCACUGGAGCCGUACGGUUCUUUGAUCCCGUUUGGAGACCCCAGCUGGUACCAGGGCUACCAUUCGCCUUACUUCAACGAAUCCCACGCUGCUCUCCGAGCUGAGGUUCGCCAAUGGGUCGAGACCGAUAUCGAGCCGAACGUCACCGAAUGGGACGAGAAGAAAGACGUCCCGCGCGAGAUCUUCCUCGAGGCGGGUCGUCGCGGCUAUCUGGCCGGCCUCCUAGGCGUCCACUACCCGGUGGAAUACGUCAAGAACGCCGUCAAAGCGGUCCCGCCGGAGAAAUGGGAUUUGUUCCACGAGCUGAUCAUCACCGACGAAUUGUCGCGUGUCGGAUCCGGCGGUUUCGUCUGGAACAUCCUUGGCGGUUUCGGUAUCGGUUGCCCGCCGCUGGUCAAGUUCGGCAAGAAGGCUCUGAAGGACCGCAUCCUGCCCGGCCUCCUCUCUGGCGAGAAGAGAAUCUGCUUGGCCAUCACGGAACCCGAUGCCGGGAGCGACGUUGCCAACCUGACCUGCGAGGCUAAGCUCAGCGAGGAUGGCAAGCACUACAUCGUCAACGGCGAGAAGAAGUGGAUCACGAACGGAGUAUGGUGUGAUUACUUCACCACCGCCGUGCGAACUGGCGGCGAGGGCAUGAACGGUGUUUCCUUGCUCCUCAUCGAGCGCGACUUCGGCGGUGUCAGCACCAGGCGGAUGGACUGCCAGGGUGUAUGGUCCUCUGGGACGACCUACAUCACCUUCGAAGACGUCAAGGUCCCCGUCGAGAACCUUUUAGGCAAGGAGAACCAGGGCUUCAAGGUCAUCAUGACCAACUUCAACCACGAGCGAAUAGGAAUCAUCAUCCAGAGUCUCCGCUUCUCGCGCGUCUGCUACGAGGAAUCGGUUAAAUACGCCAACAAGCGACGCACCUUUGGCAAGAAGCUGAUCGAGCACCCCGUCAUCCGCAUGAAAUUGGCACACAUGGCACGCCAGAUCGAGGCCUCCUACAACUGGCUCGAGAACCUCAUCUACCAGUGUGUCAAGAUGGGUGAGACCGAGGCCAUGCUGCGGCUUGGUGGCGCCAUCGCCGGCCUCAAGGCCCAGAGCACCCUCACCUUCGAGUUCUGCGCCCGAGAAGCCAGCCAAAUCUUUGGCGGCCUGAGCUACUCGAGGGGCGGCCAGGGCGCAAAGAUCGAGCGGCUGUACCGGGACGUUCGCGCCUAUGCCAUCCCUGGCGGUAGCGAAGAGAUCAUGUUGGAUCUGAGCAUGAGGCAGAGUCUGAGGGUUGCCAAGUUGACAGGUAUGAAGUUGUAAGACGAAGAGCAAGGCGCAUGUAUUAGAAGAGAAGAGACGCUGUCUUGGCGGGCGUAGCCGUUGCGCGCGCAGGCGAACCCUGAAAUUCUUGGAUCGAGUCGGCGCACCUGCCCAGGGGUUGCAUCAAGGCGUUGGACCUGUCGAUAACUACAACACCUGUUC